AGUUCCGUUAUUCACUUGUCAAGAACAACAACAACAUUAUUAUGACGUGUGAUUGAAAUUAACGGUCCCAGUGUUAUAAACGGACGUAUCAAAAUGUCUGAUUCAGAAGAUGAUUUUGCCAGUGCUGAUGAAGGAGAAAUUGCAGGUUUAAAACCUGAAAAAGGCAGUAUAUCACCAUCAAUUACUGAUAUUGAAAAACCAAGUGCGGCUGAAGAGGCCCUUUCUCAAGCGAAAGGGGGAGCUAAAGCAGAUGAAGGCGAGCUUAAGCCAACAUCAACUAAGUCUGUGAGUGAGAAGGGUGGGAAAGGGAAAAAAGGGAAACGAAGCAAAGCGAAAGGCAAACAACCAGCACAGAAAUCCACUGCAAAUGAAAAUCUAGUCAAUGUUACCUCUGCCAAAGUGGAAAAUGCUCCUAGCAAUGACAGUAAAGAUAUGAGUAGUUCCAACAAGCCUGAGGCUGAUGUGAUCUCUUCAAAACCUAAGGAUUUUGAAACCAAAAAAUAUGAAACAUCCACAAGUGGUUCUGUUUAUGAAGAAGAAACAUCUCAGGACACUUAUAAAGAACGGAGAAUAGAACCAAAGUCAGAUACUGAUAUUCACUCUCACAAUCCCCCUGAUAAUACUCAGAAUACACCAGAAAAAUCUGAUGACCAUAAAGAGGAGCCAAGUGACGGGCAACCUGAUGCAAGUUUAUUGAUAUCUCCUUCCUCACAAAGUAUUCAGAGACCACCUCUUGAACACACUGACAAGGAAGAAGCUGUGUUAGAUAAACUGUCUGGAGCAGCCGCUGCAAAGAAGAGUGGCUGGGGGUGGGGCUGGGGAUCCUCAUUGCUGGAGGUUGCCUCGAGCUCUGUGGCCACAUUCACUAAAGAAGUUGGUGAGGGUCUUCACACUGUGAUGGAGACUGUAGAGUCAACAUUGAAUGUCCCCAGUCCAGAGGAUCUCGUGCGGAAGAAGGCGUCAUCCUGUGAAGAUGCUGAAGUUGCCAGCACUGAGGGAGAGACAGAGACUGCAGCAGAAACUCUCGCAGACAGUGACUCAGAAUCAGCAGAGAAGGAUCAGCCCGGUUCCCAGUUAGUUUCAGUGACAGAGCAACCAGGAGACUCAGAGGCUGAAAACCAAUCUAUGGCGUCUGAAAACAAGUCAGAAAAAAAUCAGUCCAGUGGAUGGUUUUCCUCGUGGGGAGUGUCCAAUAUUACAAAAAUGGUGGGAAGCACAAGCAAACACCUUGUCACAGGCAGCUUGGAUGCACUCGAAUCGCUCGGCAAAAAAUCAUUCGAGGCAAUAAAGGAGAGAGACCCGGGCCUUAAGAAGACACGGGGGUUUCUACAUGACAGGGGAGACAAGCCAAAUCUGUCCGCUGUACUGCGUGAGGCAAAGGAGCAGGAAGAGAAACGUGUCAAGCAUGAGAAAGAAACCGAAGAGGCCCGCAAGGCUCACUUUGGAUCUCUUUUUGACGAGUUUCAAGGACUUGCCCAUCUGGAGGCUUUGGAGAUGCUAUCCAACCAGUGUGAGAAGCGUGUGAACACCCUCCUGGGUAGCCUGCCCCCUGACAUGCUGGGUAAACUCAAGCCCCUCCUCCUCCAGGUAAAAGCCCAUUGUGAAAUAGGAGAGGAACUGGAAGAGGAGGAGGAACAGGAGUUUACCAUCCUUGUCAUUGAUCUUAUAAAGCAGCUCAAUGUGGGUGUUACAGCUGACAAACUUAUAAAGGCUCAUGACAAAGUUGUGGAGAACCUCCAGUCAAUAGAAAGUGAACCCAAGACCACAGAUGCACAGGUGAUUCAUCAGAUUGCCAUCAGCUGCUUGGCAGAGUUCACUUCAAAAAGCAUCGAACAGUUUCACAAGUCAGGGGAGCUUAUCUUGCUAAGCCAGACACAGUUGUCUGACUUUGUCAAAGCCAGUGAAACCCUUUUGAAGUUGACCAAGGUCUUGUGUACUGAGGUCAGCAUUUUGUCAACUAAGUUCACAGGAAUCUUGAAUAAACAGGAAUCCAAGGAUGAGAUUAAAAUAAAUCACCUCGUUACCAACAUUUAUCUUGAGGCCAGUAACAGCAGCUCAUAUAUACAAGAUGGUUUCCAGCUUUUAUUGCCUGUUCUACAGCAAGUUAUUAUUGAGGGAAGUGUGGAACCGGAUCAGUUAUAGAAAGGGACCAAGUUUUACUGCAUGUGAGCCAAGAAUGGAGGGGGAUCAGUAAUGGAGUGAUAUCAUAUUAGUGAUUGAUUGGGAUCAUUCUUUACUGCUAGUGAGCAAAUUAUGAGCCCAUGUCAGCAAUAUACUGCCAGAUCAUUUCAGGACUGGGAUAACCUUCUCUUGACGUCAUGAUUGAAUACAUUGUGGAUCACACAACUGGGAUCACCAUUUUCCUACAAGUCCACAUUAUAAAAGUUAGAAAACAGAUCAGUUGUACACUGGGAUCACAAUCAUGUCAUUGAAUGUUUAGCUGACACAACUUGUUUUAUACUAGUAUUACUAGUACUCAUUAGAAUGCAUUUUCUGCUUGUUCCUCUUUGUUUACUCAGGAAUGUUCCUUUUAUGAUUUACUUCAUCUUUUUGUCUUUAUCCUUUAUCUUUCCCAAUAAAACAGAACACUGUCUAGUGAAUCACUAGCUUUGGUUAGUGGCUCAAGUUUUGAUGAGGUGCAAAUAAGCCUUUUUGUAUACUGUACAUCUUUGUCACAUCAUCUUUAUCUUAAUGAUUGACAAAAAUGCAGUUUAAACAGUUUAAAAAGUCAUUUAAACCAAUGUUAUUAUACUAAGUCAGUUUUCUCUGUUUUGAAGUGUGUAAAUAAAGCAAAGUUUAUGCCAUAUAGUUUUAUUUAGACUUAAGUCUGUGUGAUAAUCAUAGAUUCUUAUGUAAACAAUGCUUAGCAGUAUUUCAUUGUAAAGAACAUUUUUUGUUGAAGAAUGCAUUUAUAAAUCAAUUAUGAUUUAGUUGAAUAUAUUUCAGACCGUAUGCUACUUACAAUAAAACAUGAUUUAAGUAAUCUGUGAAUGUUACUUGUUAGAUAUAAAUCAAUUGUAUUAGUAACAAAACAAAAUAAGUUUUGUUAAUGUUUUAUUUUUACCUAUUUUUUUAGAUAUAUUAGAUUUCUUUCUUUAUAUAUAAGAAUAAUUACAUAAAUAUCAUUUAGCAAUUAUUUUUUCUGUGCUAUUUCCGGCUAAAACUCUGAACAUUUUUAUUUCCUGUCAGUGACUUGCAAGAAAUGUAAUUCCUGUCACUAGCAUUACAGUUUAUAGUGAGUUACUCCCCUUUGUGUAUUUGUAUGCAAAUUACUUCAAAUGCAGUUACAGAAUUAUUGCCAUUUUCUUUAACAAGUUUAUGGGUUACAUAAAUCAGCUAUUCAAAAAGGUAUCAUAGGUAUCAUAAGUUAACAUGUAUCUUUCAGACGUACAUGGUAUACUUAAGAGUAUUUUUCAAGAAUGCCUUAAUUAUGCUAGAUUGGUCAUUGUCAGCUCUGGUGCUACUUACUUGUACCCCGGGUACUCUUAAGUAUACUUACAUGUUCCCCGGGUACGGUAAAUAUACUAAAACAUACCCGAGAAUUUAAACACUUAAUCGGUCGGUGUCGGCUAUUUUUUUACCUUUAUUAUGUUCACAUUUAUGUCUAUUUUCUGUUAAAUGGCCUCUAUAUUAUCGGAACUCAUACUCAAAAAGCAUGUUGAUGCAGUUUUUUUAAGAGAAGUUUGUUUAAGAUGAACAAUACCGUAUUACGGUAAUCGGUAGCGCGUUUUACCACAUCGGAUUUUGAGUGGAAAAACUACUCGGGUACAGUCUAAUAUCGUCUGGGUACAUUUAAGUAUAUUUACCGUACCCGAGGUACAUAUCAGUAUACUUAAGAGUACCCGGGGUACAUGUGAGUAGUACCCGAGCCGACAAUGACCAAUCGAACCUUAAUUAUUUAUUGCUUUAAAUGUAUUUGCAGGUGUCAGAUAAAUGGUGUAAGUGUAUUUGUAAAUAUGUGCUAUUAUGUACCCAUGUAUAGAUAUUCACGUCCAUCGCAUUUGCUUCAAUCACCUUAAUGGUGUUAAGGUUGUAGGUUUAUUUAUUUCGUUGUGUAUAAAUUUAAGAGAAACAAGACUAUUGCCAAGCAAUAAAAGUCCCCUACCCGC